CCGCUUCGACCAGGAGCUUCCUCCGCGGGUCGCUUUCGGUGGCCCGGUUCGGGUUCAAACCCGGGUUCUUGCCGGAGCCCGACGCCGCCGGAGAGGUGUUAAGGGAGCUGUUCGAUAGGGCGGAAGGGUUCCUCUACACGAUUGCGGAUGCCGCCGUCUCGAAUUCCGACACAGCGGCGACGGCGACAACCACCGCCAAACAGAACAACGAUUGGCUCUCGGGGAUCACCAAUUACAUGGAAACUGUGCUCAAGGUACUCAAAGAUGGACUUUCUACUUUGCAUGCGCCAUAUGCUUAUGGUUUUGCAAUUAUACUGCUCACAGUUCUCGUAAAAGCCGCCACCUUUCCGUUGACAAAGAAACAGGUAGAAUCUGCCAUGGCUAUGCGAUCACUGCAACCUCAAAUAAAAGCUAUCCAGCAACGUUAUGCUGGUGAUCAGGAGAGAAUUCAACUUGAAACUGCUCGGUUGUAUAAAUUGGCCGGCAUUAAUCCUCUAGCAGGAUGCUUGCCUACACUUGCAACAAUACCAGUCUGGAUUGGCCUAUAUCGAGCCCUUUCAAAUGUGGCAGAUGAGGGACUCCUUACAGAAGGUUUCUUCUGGAUACCUUCUCUUGCUGGUCCAACAACGGUUGCUGCUCGUCAAAAUGGAAGUGGUAUCUCUUGGCUUUUUCCAUUUGUGGAUGGUCACCCUCCCCUUGGAUGGUCAGACACAUUGGCUUACCUUGUCUUGCCCGUGUUGCUCGUAGUCAGUCAGUACAUCUCUGUCCAAAUAAUGCAGUCAUCACAGCCUAAUGAUCCCAACAUGAAGAGUUCUCAAGCCAUCACCAAGCUCCUUCCAUUAAUGAUUGGUUAUUUUGCUCUUUCAGUUCCUUCUGGACUAAGCCUUUAUUGGUUAACAAAUAAUAUAUUGAGCACUGCUCAACAAGUAUGGCUUCAAAAAUUAGGGGGUGCAAAAAAUCCUGUAGUUCAAAUUCAAGAUGAUAUUAUGAAGGAUGACCAAAUGAAGAUUCCGAAGUCGGUACCUAAAGUAAAUUCCACGAAAACAGAAGCUAGACAAGAUGAGAAAUCAACAUCAGGGGGGCCACAACCUGGUGAAAGAUUUAGGCAACUAAAAGAGCAAGAGGCAAGGAGAAGACAACAAAGAGAAGAAGAAAAAGGGAAAGCCACUGAAGCAGCAUCUAAAGCAACUAAAGUAUACGAGACUAAUGAGAUAACAGUUGAAAAGGGAAAUCAAGAUGGGGGUGAUAAUGUUGAAAAUUCUCAGCAUGUUAACGCUGAUGCUGAUCCAUCCACAUCUCAAGUCACUGUAAAUGGUAAUCCACUAAGCAAAGACUUGGAAGAAAAUCAGAAUUCCACAUAUACACCUCAGAGGGAAAGUAAUGAAGGUUCUCCUUUCAACAAUGGAGUAAAUGAGAAAAGUGAUGAGGAACCAAGGGAAGCAUUCACAACUACAGCUACCACCAAGAAGCAACAUCCUGAAGAAGAAUCGGAUCACCUGGCGAAGGAUUGAAAUUAGAACCGUAGAAGUUCAGCUGCUGGGAAAUUGAUUGGUCCCAAUGCCAUCUAGAAUUAUACACUUAAAUGCAACCAUUCUUGCAAGUUGCAAUAUGAGAUGUCUCUGGUUAACAUCGAAUAUUAUCACAGAAGUUUUGGAUUCAACAAGAUUCGAGGUUUCUACAGUUGCUGUGUGGAGGUGGUUGAAGUUUGAUGGCUGAAACUGAAUCAGUGAAUUGGCAGAUUGUAUUUUCAUUUGUAUUAUAUUUUAGGUCUUUUUUUUUUUUUCUUAAUAAAUAAGGAUUGUGAAUUCCAAUAAGAGAAUAGCAAAAGGUUGGAGGGGAUAUAACAUUGGUGGUUCUGUUUUAUUUUAUUUCUUUUUGGUCUAGAAAAUAGUUAUGUUCAAUUCAAAAUUUCAAAUAACGUCGAAGUUUGUAUAUGAUAUGAAGAUGAAGUUCAUAGCUCAAAACCAAAGCAAUGAUAUGCAAAUCCAUUUCAGGUGU